UAGGACACUUAUGAUGACAUCUCUAUGAAUGUUGGUCCUGCGAAGAGCCGUCUAUCAACUUAAACCUUACGUUGUGUGUGUGUGUGUGUGUGUGUGUGUGUUGUGGCUUCCUUUCAAGAUACAAAAAUAGAGAAUAUCAAACUGGCAAGUAUACUCUAAUACUUGAAAGGACGGAACUUUCAAGAAAUUUAGGCCCAACAAGAAUUCUGUGAAAAGAUUAUUCCCACAUAAUAUUUUGAAAUGUGACGUUGUACGGCGGACCUAUAGUGUUUUUUAUUCAGCGUUAAUUUUACCGUGGAAAUGAAAAACCCAUACGUAGACGACCAAGUAACAGUUAAAGUUCCUGCGCCAAUGCCCCAGAUGCAGACACCAGUGCAACAUGAACGAAGUAAAAGAACUUUUCUGCAAUUCAUUAAGAAAUACCUGUGGGAAGGUCAAGCGCUGUCGGAAGAUUACGAAAACCAACUUGUAAAUAUGCCACAUGACGCACCUUGGCAUAAGAAGUUUUUUGUGAAGUAUCGCCGUAUUAUUGGUAUGGUUAUCCCAGCUUUUGUGUUUCAUCUGCUAUGGUGGGCGUAUUUUAUCAAAUUUAACACGUGGUACUUGUUCGAAGAACAUUAUGGGAUCAGCAUAAUGAUGAUUUUUGGAUCAAUGAUUGCAGGUAUGACAAGCGAGGGUGGUGGUUCUGUAGCAUUCCCUGUUAUGACAUUGGCAUUCAAAAUUUCACCAGUUGUUGCGAGGGACUUUUCACUGUUGAUUCAAUCGUGUGGAAUGACUGCAGCUGCGUUUACUAUUAUCUGGAUGAAGGUACAUUUAGAAUGGAGAUCUCUUUUGUAUUGUUCUAUUGGUGGAGUCUUCGGCAGUAUCAUUACAUAUGAAGUCAUCGAUAAGGAAUUAUCACCAGCUCACAAAAAGAUGGGAUUUGUAUCACUGUUCUUUGCAUUCGCAUUUGCCUUGUUUUUAUUGAAUCGAAUUCACAAACGGAAGACAUUUAAAUCCAUCCCAGAAUUCAAUGUUUGGAAAGCAAUCAUUUUAGUUGUUACAGGUUUUCUAGGAGGUAUAUUCACCGGCAUUGCUGGUAGUGGUAUCGAUAUUUGCAGUUUCAGCUUAUUAACACUGUUAUUUCGUGUCAGCGAAAAAACCGCCACUCCUACUUCAAUAGUUCUUAUGGCUAUCAAUACUGUGUUUGGAUCCUACUGGAGAUUAGUAAUGAUGAAUGAGAUUCAGCCUGUCACUUGGGAGUAUCUUGGUGUCUGCAUACCAAUUGUUGUGAUAGGUGCACCUUUAGGCUCUGUAAUUGGCACUCAUUUCCAUCGACAAACGUUAGCAGCAUUGAAUUACAUCACUGAUACAACAGCGUUAAUCUCAGGAUUUGCAAUUGUAAAGAUGGAUGCAGUCACUAUAGGCUUAUCUGUGGGUAUCAUUGCCUUUGGAUUUAUCUUUUAUGGAGCCAUCACAUAUUUGGGAGGACUCAUGAUGGAUUCUGUCACGAGAAAGCAAGAAUAUAAGAAACAAAUGAAAACAUGGAGAAAUAAUAAACUCAUAAAAAUGAGUGAAAUAACUUGUAACUAGACUCUAUAAUAGCUGUACUACUUUUUUGUACAGCUAUUAUGAAAUUAUAAUAGACUGAAAGACUAAAUCACCAUGCCUUUCUUGUGCCAUCUAUCUACUCUAAAAGACGUAAAACUUGAUCAAGAUACAAAUAU